AGAUUUAGAUCUACAAAUACAAAUACUACAAUGAUAAUCUACUACAUGAUCUAGAAUCUAGAUGAGAUCUAGACCUACACCUAGUCUAUGUAGUAAUGUAGUAUGACAAUCUCAGUCGACUAAGUCAAUCUGAUCUAACUAAAUCUAGAUCUAGUUGAAAAUCUAAAACUAGCUAGAUCUAGAUCUAGUUAAUCUAGAUCUAGAUAAGAUAUCUAUAAAUAUAAAAAAAAGUAUAAAAUAAUAAUGUUCUAAGAAUGAAUGGACAUUUAAUUCCAAACAGUUGUAUAGCAAUUGAUUCCUGGAGAAUCAAGACUACAACAGUUGAGUAUAUACAUUUCCUAACCCACAUUCACAGUGAUCAUACUGUUGGGUUGACGUCAACAUGGCAGAAGCCAAUCUACUGUUCAGAAAUCACAGCUUAUUUGUUAAUAGAAAGGUAUGGUGUCAAGCAAAAGCUCAUACAAAUACUGCCUUUGAACCAGAGUGUAGUAGUGCAAGUCUUUCUUUCUCACCUACAGAGCAGUACAUUCACUGUGACUGCUUUUGAUGCAAACCAUUGCCCAGGGGCUAUAAUGUUGUAUUUUCAAGGCAGCUUUGGCAAUGUGCUGUACACAGGUGACUUCAGACUGUCAGAAGACAUAAUUGAAAUGGCUAAAAAACUGUCUGGACAAGUGGAUACACUGUAUUUAGACAACACAUUCUGUAGCCCACGGUGUGUCUUCCCAAGCCAAGAUGAUUGCUUUGAAGAGAUUGUUGACAUUAUAAGAAAACAUCCCAACCAUAAGGUCAUAAUAGGCCUAAGAAAGAUAGGCAAAGAGACACUGCUAGGUCGCUUGGGUGUCACUUUGAAUGAAACUAUUACAGUGUCGCCUGAAAGUUACAAAUUGUGUGAUUUACUUUUUUCAACCAACGUCUUAACAACUGCUAAUUCAAGCAAGAAAACCUCCAGACUAAGUGUUGUCCCCGUGGAAGUAGUUACCCGAAUGUUAAGUAUUUUGAACAAGCAUUCACCAACAAUUGGCAUUAUUCCAACAGCCAUUUUUACAGGUUGUACAGAAAAUGUGAUGAAGAAUCCCAAUCUGUACAUAGUGCCAUACUCUGAUCACUGUAGCUACCCUGAACUUGUUCAGUUUGUGUCUGCACUCAGGCCUAAUAAGGUUCUCCCUAUUGUAACAGGCACUAAAGGCCCUUACAACUCAGACUUCAGUGAUAGACUUAACAUGUCCUGCUUUGAUGCUUACCUUUCUCAGCCACAUGCUGUUAGUACUAAUGCUACCAAUCUGCUUGAUAGCCAUACAGAAACGGAGAGAUUAACAGGAACUGUAACCAACUCUAAAUUAUCCUUAGUCAAGAGGAGAAUGCUCAGUACUAAAAAGAAAGCUAAAGCAAAGGGGGUUGUUUAUUGCAAAGGUUUUUACCCUAUACAAGAACCAAUAGCAGAUAAACCAAGUGCUUUAAAAGAUGGUAUCAUUUUUGAGGAUAAAGAAGCAUCCUUCAAAAUGUGUGUAACAAGUGGUCAUCCUUCCAUUGAUUUGACAGCUCAAGAAAGUGAAAGCUGUCACUCUUUAAAUGAGCCAGCUACUCAGACUACUUAUGACCAUCCUAGUGAUUUGCCUGAGCUCAUUAACUCCAGAAUUUCUCAAAUAGAUUUCUGUCCUGACUCAUUGGACUAUGAAAAAACUGCUAGUUCAUCAAAUAGUCAUGAAGACAGCAUUAAUGUCAUUGAUCUGACCUCAGACAAUAAAGAUGUUGCAGAUUUUUAUGUGCCCAGCGACACUUUUCAAAUUAAUUGUACUCUGGAUAAUCAUGAGCAAGUUGAUUCAAAAUCAGUUCUACCAGAGAAGACACUGGAUGUAAAUGCGGCAGAGCAAAACACUCAGUUACAGGAUUUUGGUAUAAACACAGAAGUUGAAGAAACAGGUAAAACCAAAGAGAAAACAAACCAGCUUGUUAAAAUACGAAGUAGCAGACAUAGUUCAAAGACUCAAGACUUAUCUAAUACCAGCAAAUAUACAAAAUGUAUAAAAAAGCUCUGUAAUGCUUGUGAUGUUAUUGAUAUGUCAGAAAAAAACGGUGAAAAGGUCACACUUUUGAUGGAUUGGGAUAGCAACAAGCAAGUUAAACAAAGGGGUAGAGCCAAAAGGAAAAGGAAUCGGCUAGUUGAAAUCCCAUCAUCAAAGGUACAAAAUAGGGAAAGUCCUUCAAAGGAAUCUAGCCAAUCAUCCCAUACCAGGAGCAAAAAAAAAUGCAUUAAUAGUGAAAUCCCUACUAUUCUUUCUACUAGCAUUUCAAAACAAGUGCCAUUGUUAGAUGUUCAGGAAACCAACAAUGGUGCUGUUCACCCAACAGCAGAUACAUUACAGCAUUGUCAUGAAAAGAAACAACCUCAUUCCAGGAAAGAAGAGGUAGCAAAUCCAUCUGCUGCUUUGCUUCCACUGAUACCACAAAAAAGGGGUCGCGGUCGCCCUAAGAAAAAGGACCAAUUAUCAAAUGACAAGAAUAGCAAAAAUCUGGUUAGUCUAAUACAAGCAGAUAGGCUUAAUAGAACAAACACACAUUUACGAAAAUCAGCUAUUGGGAAAAUAAAAAGGGAAAACAGCCCUAAUGCAGCUCAGACUAAGAAGUUAGUGUCACUUAUAUGCUCAGCUGUUUGUUCUGCUUUACUGCCUUUGAGAACCAAAAGGCUGAUUAAGAAUGAAGUUACACAUGAUGUAGCACCUGCAUCCUGUCCAAGUGGCAUGUCCGAUUCAUCACAAGAUGCCCUCAAAGACUCUCUUGAAAGCAGAAAAUGGGAGACAUCUACCACCAAUCAUAGUCUGGAGGAUUUAAAUUUUUUGAGUGCAUCAGAUGAAGAAUACACAAUUAAAAAGCUGUCAAACCAAGUUUGUUUCAAUAAGAAAUCUUUACAUAUCAUUGACUCGUCUAUACUAGUGGGUACACAAGAUGAAAAUAAAAUCUCAGAAUCUGAAAGCAACAAAUUGCAUAAACAAAUUUGCUUAAAGGACAGUAUAAAGAACACUAGAAAAAUUGACGAGUUCCCAACAAUCAAAGAUACAUCACAUUCUACAGAUGAAGAGUUAGGGGAUCACAUGUGUUCUAAGGACAGAGUUGAGAACAGAAAUACAUUAUCUAAAUCUCAGGCUGCUUCAUGUGUAAAUCUACCUGAACCUUCAGAUUCUACCAGCAGUGCUCUCACAAACCAUUCUGUGUUACAGGGCAAAGUAAAAGAGACUUACAUUAAGUACUGUGCAAUGGAGUCAUCAUCAGUGGGGCCUGAGGAAAUAAAGGAUUACAGAAGUGUGCAUAUCAACAAUGAUUCGAGCAAACAAACACCACAGGGGUCUUCCUGCUUGCCUGUUGAGUUCCCAACAAUCAAAGAUACAUCACAUUCUACAGAUGAAGAGUUAGGGGAUCAUCUGUGUUCUAAGGACAGAGUUGAGAACAGAAAUACAUUACCUAAAUCUCAGGCUGCUUCAUGUGUAAAUCUACCUGAACUUUCAAAUUCUACCAGUAGUGCUCUCACAAACCAUUCUGUGUUACAGGGCAAAGUAAAGGAGACUUACAUUAAGUACUGUGCAAUGGAGUCAUCAUCAGUGGGGCCUGAGGAAAUAAGGGAUUACAUAAGUGUGCACAUCAACAAUGAUUCGAGCAAACAAACACCACAGGGGUCUUCCUGCUUGCCUGUUGUAAGGAAGAUUUCUGAAACUAUUUGCAGUGAUGGGGAUCUCAAAGCAACCCUUGAUCAAACUAGUGAUGAACAUUCCAAUGAAUUCACAAUGGAUACAGUGAUAACAGGCCAAGGAAGCCACAAGUCUACUAUAUCCAACAAAGUUCAUUUUUGCUAUGAUUGUUUCAUCAGCAGAUUUCCUUCAGCUGUCAUAGAGAAUCAAGUGAACGCAUGCUUUGUUUGUGAAAAGUCAGUUCAAAAAAAGAUAUUUUGUGAUCAGAUGUUUGUGAACACUUUAAAAGAUUUAUUCUUUAGAAAGGAUUCUGUAAAGAGCUGAAUCUCAAGGCAAUACUUUUUUUUUUAUAUUUUUUUUUUGUAAAUAAAAAAAAUCCUCUAAAUGAGAUUCAUAUUUCAAAGGAUUCUUUUAGUUCUUAAAUGUUUUAUUUAAUCUUAACUCUACCUCACUUCAGUAGAAAAUUUGAAUAAAUAAAAGUCAUUAGGCUAUUAUAAAAUAUUAUUUUUUUACAGAUGCUUUUGUUCAGUUUCAAUAAAACAGUGUGAUCGAAAUUUAUGGGAUCCUAUACUUCAGCAUGGAAGUGGUAUUAGUUUGCUGGAGACUCAAAAAUUGCUGCAAGUUUUGUAUCCAUGUGGAGGGCCACUGUAAAUGUAUAAAUUAUAUUUAAAUAAUAGCCAAGAUUGUAAACACUUUGUAAAUUAAGAUCAAUAGCCAUCUUCUAUACAUUAAACUCCUUUACAAGCAGGUCAAAGCACGAUAAUCACUCAGUAUUGAGAUUGUGGAAAGGAAAUUGUAAAAUUUUCUUUACAUGUUAUAAUUUACAUCAACUGAUGAAAUUUUAAAAAUAUAAUAUUUGUAAAAAUGUUCAAACACUUUUGAUUGAUUUACAAAGUUCCAUUUUAUAUUUUCUUCACAUUGUUGCACAAGUUUAGUUUUGUAUGAUAUUGAUUACACAGUACUGGUAAUGCAAUUGUUUUAACAUUUUAUGGAAACAAGAUGUUUUCACUGAAGCUUACAUCACAGUAUUUAGACCAAACCUCAACAAGUGAAUGUCUGCUGUCCUGUUGUAUAUAUAGUUGUCUUUUGAGGAUGUAAAUGCAAGAAACUUAAAAUGUUGUUUUUUUCUUGUCACAUCUUGUGUCCAAUAAAAGAAUUUAAACAUAGUGCUAUCAAUACAAUAUGUUCUUGUGGUAAAGCUCUGAACUGUAAUCUCUAUGGUCCCAGUUUGGAACCCUGCCCACUGCCAUCCCCUGCUUUCUUGCAGAAGUUUUUGCUCAGAUGUAAUAAUCUUCAAUUUUGAAGGAGCAUCAGAAACAUGUCCAAUAAACAAGUCAAAAUAAAUAAAGAAUUGUCUCCAAGUCCAGAGAAAAACUAUUUUAUUUAGUCCUGGCUGCUACCUAUAUUGUCACCUCUCAUACAAAGUUGCAACAGAAAGAAGCUUGAUAGUGUAACAUUUCAUAGAACAAUAAUCCUAAGCCAUUUUCUUGCUGAUAAAUGUCCACUAUCAAGUUACUUAAAGGAAGAACCUUCAAGAUAUUUUACCAUUCAUGAAAUAUUUCCUUCUUUGAAUGCCAGGACUGUUUGUGACCCAGAUUCUACUUGUUGUUUUACUCAGAUGUGCUGGCCACAUUUAGUAUAUCACCUAAUUGUAAGAGGGGCUUCCUUUAUCUGUUGUAGAAAAGAAUGCAGAGACAAGAAUGGAGAAACUACUCUUCAGAACUAUUCUAGUUCCAGCCUCCUAUCUUCUUGGUGCAUUUACCUGCAGUUUUAAUCAAUAGUUACAGAGCUGUCAUGUUUUUUUUUAACAGAUUUUUAUUUGGCCAUAUUGGCUUGAAGAACUUUUGUAAAUAAUUAAAUUUAUAUAUUUGUUUUAAAUGAUAUAAAAGUCAUUUAUUUGGGCUAUGUCCUACUAUAGGACUUGUAUUCUUUUAUAGGCAAUGUGUUUCUAAAGGGCAUUCACUUACCUUUUUUUUUAUCUCAUCACAAUAUUGUUUGACUUCAAAGUCUGAUGUUCCUACUUUUGGUUACUGUUGAGCAAAGUCUUUUACUUUUAUCAUUUCAAUAAAUAUCUAUAAUUAUUUUA